AGAGACGCCCUGGGCGCCAGAUUGGGUACGGUCCUGGGGUCGAAGGGUGGAAGGAGACGCGAGACGAGUCCAAGUUGGAAGGAUAGCGUUGCUGUAAGACAGAAAAACGUAGGGGAACCACGGUUACGGUGGCUGGCGGGGAAUGAGGAGGAGGAGGAGGGGUGGUGGUGAUGGCGGUAGGACAGGAGGUCACGAGGGGGUGGGAAAGAGAGCCAAUGAGCUCGACGUCGCGGCGCCAGUCGUCGAGUCGCCGUGUUACUACCAGUACUUGCUCCCUCGCGUCCUCGUUCCAAAGGGUCGUGUCCUGCCACCCCGUCAGUAGGGGUUGCAGACCCGAGGCAUACCCAUCGGUCGUUGUUCCUUCUCGUAAAUCGAUUCCCUCGAUCUUCGAGAUCAAUCACUCGUAAACAGACGGAGGGUCGUGCGUUGGAGGCUCCUCCUCGUUUAAUUCUUCUCCUCUUGGUUUCUUUUUUUGUUUUUGUUUUUUUUUUCUUUUUUAACGGUUCGUAUGGUGCUUUUUUUUUGUUUUUUGAUCAAUCGGGGUCGCGGUCCGGACACGACCUGCACCAGGAUACGGUGGCUGGUGUCUUUCCCUCGGAUCGAUCGUUUGUUGCUGUUUUGUUUGAUAAAGGAUUGAAGGAUGAUGAUUGGAGCCUGGGUGAAAAACUAGCCCUUCCGGAGGGAUGCUCGACGGUAAAGUUGGUGAAUCUUGCUCGAGACGGGAUGCCGUAAGAGGGUGCACGUUGUUCAAAAUUUAGUGAUUAUAAACUAGAAAAAUUGUUGAGAACUUGAUUCGUUAUUUAUUUAUUAAAAUAGCCAGAGUCCCUGAGUAUACGCACAAUCGGUCCAAUAAAUGUUUGUACCAUCGAUGUCCAUUACACAAAUUUGUCUAAAUUAAAUGGUGAGUUUAACGUUUCCAAAUAAAUAUGUACAUUAGGAUGGUUCUUGUAAAUCAAAUUUUUAAGUAUACGUACAGUCAGUCGCACAGGUUUUCUUUCUCCUCUAUCCAUUAGUAACAUUUUCCUAAAUUAAAUAAUAGAUUGAAAUGCUUCGAAAUAAACAUGGCCAUCAGGCUGCUGCUUACCGUAACUAUGUUUUAUCAAUAAACCAACAAAAGUGAAUUUUUUCUCUAAGAGAUGGGAACGUUUAUUAAAAUUCUCUGGAUCAGUUGGUCGUAUUAAUUGGGUGCUCGAAAUAUCAUAAGUGAACGUCGGCGUCGUACAUUUUAAGGACGAUGAAAACAGCUCGAUAUCGAUGCUCUCGAGUAAAUUAUCGCCCGCAUCAGUUUCUCACCGGCUGAUAAAUGAGGGUGACGGAAACUGUAACCACGCCGAACAAAGGGCAUUGUAUUCUCCACCCCCCUUCUUCCCCCAUUUUUUAACUUCUUUCGCAGAAGACAAAAAGCGCUGUCGGAAAAGCGGCAGGGGGUUGAAAGGAAAAAAUUACGAGGGUGUGCACACUUUGCACGAAUAGACACACACACACACACACACAUAAAUGGUAACAAAGAAAUAGGAGAGUGCCGGUUAAAGUUCAAACGUAAUAGGAUCCCACCAUUUCUUUUUUCAAUCUUCAGUGGAACAGGAGAGAGAAACCAAGGGAUAAGUUAUACUCGAGGUCUUGUUUCUUUCUUUAGUUAUGUGGAAACAGAGAAAAGCUUACAAACUCUGGCAAUUUCGAUGAAUAAAUCUUAAUCGAAUAAGUUUACGCUCGUUAAUAAUGUUUUUUAAAUAAUAUAAAGAGGCUAGCAGCACUUGUCUUCCUUUAUUUUAGCAGACAAACAUGACCUCAUAAGUGACUGAUUUUCAAGCAUCUUCGAGCAAAAGGAAAUGUUUCGAUUCCAAAUGUAAACAAGUUUCUGCAAACGUAAAAUUGUACAAGAUUACUUGUUUGUACGUAAUUCAGUGAGAGAAAGUCGAGAAAAGCUGGCUUUACGACUAAUCGUUAACUUUGGUUCUUCUUCUCAUCAUUGGACGUUUGUUAAAGAUACAAAGGGAUGAAACCGGCAAAUUACAGAGCCAGGCUCGACUCGGUACACCAUAAUCAGUGUCUAAUGAACGUCUUGUUCCCCGAGCCGUUUGGUUGCGUCCCUUAACCCUCUGAAGCCCUGAGCCCUGAAGAUCAGCCGUCACCGUCGGUGUCGUCCAUCGAAUUUCUAAAGGAACUAAAGGUCGUCGACUAGGGCACCCAGACUCCCUCCAAAGAAAUGGCGUCGCGUGUUUAACGUCGCGCGUAGCGUCGCGUCGAGUCGGCUCGAAUUUGAUCCGAGAGGAAAGGUGACUCCUUGAAGAUGUUGUGUUUGGAUAUGAAGCUGGUCUCGCGGCUGCGAGGGGUUUCGCUGACUAGCGGCUCCUCCACAAGCGUGUCACCGCUCUCCUCGACGUCGACCUCGACCUCAUCGACGACCACUGGCGCGGAGAAGUGGAAACGUAGCAAGGGUAGGAGGGAGAGCACUGGGAACUCGUUGACGGAAAGCGACAGCGACGAGGAGAUGGCGUCUAUCGGUCAGGACUUGAUACGCAGGAACAGGUCCAGAUCGGUGUGCGUCUCUGCGCUACCGUCCAGCCAGUUGAAGCACCUUCACAGGAGGGCCAGCCAUCACGUGUCCAGCACCGAUACCAUCUCUAGGAGAGGAGUUCUGUCCAGGAGAUACUAUGGCAGUGUGGAGAUGCUACCGCAGAUCGAGCAAGACGGCACGGAUAAUGGCAGGCGAUUUCGAGUGGAGAAUGGCGAUUCCCCUGGCGAGAAAGAGGAAAUGUUCGGCUCGCCCAGCACGCCAAUAUUGGAAAAUCCCGAGUAUCAAACGCGAUGGUACUUCAAAUACUUUCUGGGGAAACUGCAUCAAAACUACGUUGCUGCGGAUCAAGAGAGGAAUCCUCUGUUCUUAUCAGUGGCGACCAGCGAGAUAAGCGACCAAAGCGUGCCACAUUACAGGGUCAUUCUGUGGAGAAAAACUGGGGCCCAGAGGAUAUCUCUGCCGUAUUCUGCAAACAAAACUCUGACAAUCAGGCAAAUCUUGAGCAACUUCUUCGGGCUGGAGAAGCUCGACAAGGCGCCACGCGAGGUCUUCUCGCCAGAGAUACAGAAAGACUUGCUGCUAUUGGAGGAACAAGAGGGCUCGGUGAAUUUCAAGUUCGGCGUCAUCUACGCCAAAAAAGGACAAAUCACCGACGACGAGAUGCUCUCUAAUGAGAAAGGUAGUCCAGGUUUCGAGAGCUUUCUGGAGAUCCUGGGCGAGAGGAUACAGCUGAAAAACUGGGACAAAUAUCGAGGAGGCUUGGACGUGAAAGGUGACAUGACAGGGAAGGAGAGCUAUUACACCGUAUACGCAGGCCACGAAGUUAUGUACCACGUGAGCACGAUGCUUCCUUACUCCAAAGACAACCCACAACAAUUAGAAAGAAAGCGUCACAUCGGCAACGACAUAGUAAACAUCGUCUACACGGACGACCCCGACGCCAUCGACGUUUUCAACCCUAAUUGCAUCAGGAGCCAAUUUACGCACGUGUUCGCCGUGGUAACAACGGAGGAGAAGAAAGGCUGGCGCGUGGCCCUCUACUGCGACGAGAGCGUUCCCUUGUUCGGUCCCAGCCUGCCCUGUCCGCCCGUCUUCGAGGACCCCUACACCCUGCGGGAGUUUCUGCUGGUGAAGCUGAUAAACGGCGAGAAGGCCACGUUCAACACUCCAACGUUCUCGCGGAAGCGCGAAAGGACGCUGGACGCUCUCCUGCGGGACAUGUACCAAGAGCACACGCAGGAGGGCAAGGGCAACGCUCCAGGUCGACGUCGCGAGGAAACGCGCGCUGUGGAGAUGGUGCGUGUGGGCCAGGCUGUGAAGCUGGAGGCCAUCGUUAGAGGACUUGCCCCCACCUCCCUGGCUACUGCUGGUCCCUUGAAGCCGAGACCCUGGGAGCCCAGGUGCAUAUACCCCGACUUCCCCCACGAGGUCGUCUGUGGAGACGUCUGGUUGGACAACAAGAUCGUCCUCGCUACGGAGAACGGGACAUUUUUGAUAGAAGACAGCCUGUCCCACCGCCUGAUCUUCGACGAGUCCGUGCAAAUCAAACAGCUGAACGUGGUGGAGCAGCACGGGAUCCUGCUGUUCCGCGCGGUGGACAAGGGCAGGGAGAGCAACGUCUACGUGUUUCGCUUACGGGAGUUUGAAAACAACGCUACCAACAGAUCUGCGGAGGUGUUGAACGAACGCGAGGACGACCAGGACUGCGAGGACAACGCCUACGAGGAUGACGUGGACGACGACGCGUACGAGAGCGAGGAUAACGACUGCGACAAUUUCACUCGAGCCACUGCGAAAUUUAAACCUGUUAUUCGUCCACGCGGUAGGGCACGAGUACGUCCUCUGGCUGUAAGAGGUCGAGCGCACAUAAAGGAAAGGAAGCUACCUCGGUCGCGUGGCUGUCAUUUAUAUACCACUACUAUGCCAGGGGGUUCCCAUCUGCGUAUGUGUGUGGCGGUUGGUCGCCGCCUGACGGUGCUCCAAUGGAAGCACAGUGCUGCUUGGACAGCCUGGUGCUCUGCUGCAGACACAGACACAGUGGAUGGGUUCGUGUUGCUGAAGGAGUUGAACGCGAGCGAGACCCCCUCGCUGUUGACCAUGACAGAAAGCACGGAUUCCACCAAUGAGUGGACGCUCUGCUGCGGCAUUAGGCACCAUUUUGAAUUGAUAUCCGCGACAGGGAGCACGAGGACUCUUCACAUAGAGGGGACCCCCAAACCCCACCUGGUGGCUGCUCUGGAUCUCUGCGAGGACGAGGAACCAGAGUUACUGCUUUGUUACAACAACAUGUGCCACUUUCAAAAGCUGCUGGAGGAGAGUACAGCGCCCACAGAGUUCGACUUCAACUGGAACUCUGUGCCAGCAGCCAUAGCUUGUGCCUUCCCCUACGUGAUCGCCUUCACCAACGACACAAUGGAGAUCCGGUUGAUAAUCAACGGGAACCUGGUGCACACGAUGACGAUGCCAAACCUGAAUCUGAUCACGUCCAAGCAGGACAUUUACUUCGCGACGACGGCGCCAGAGUUCCUGCCAGGAAAGUGCGAGAGGAUUCGACUCGACGCGAAGCCUGUGGACAAGGAGGAACCGGUCGCCAGUCCUCCAUCCUUCUCUCAGUCUUCGUCUUCCCGAUCCAACUCGCAAAGCAGCCAGAACGAUUGGAAACCGAUAAGAAUCUACCAGAUACCGCUGCAAACGUUAUCGAGGAGUACCCUGUCGACCUGUGCACAGAGGAGGUGCCCCAGUCCAGCAGAACCGGAAGUGAUCUCGGCGCCACCAACGACAGACAGGAGUUUCUUAACUGUGGAGCCUCACAGGGCGUUGAGUAGGUCCUGCAGCAGCAGUCCAACACCUACACCCACGACUCUGAUGCCAACGCAGCUGAGGAAAUAGUUUGGAUUAGUUGUAGGUCGAGAACCUAACAAGUAUCUAGCUUAAAGGAGGGGGCCUCCUCUUGGCUCUUUCUAGAUACGUCCGUCUGGAUUAAUUUGUUGGUAAAGGUUUGCAGAUUGCAGGUACCUGACGCUUGUGCCUCGGUAGGAUCAACGGAUACACCAGCUGAUUCGAACGUGUAUCCGCGCGAUACCGUGCGUUAAACGUAGCUAGAUUUACUGCCGUUCCAACAGUCGUUGACAGAUAUUCGCUGUAGAUGCAAUUGUAUGCGCAACAAGUGACCUUGGCGUUUUUAAAAUGGAAAGACUGUUGCGUUAAAUGCGAAGGAAAGCAUCGACGCACUCGUUUUGUUCGUAAAUGAGCCCGCCAAUGCUUUGUUUACUCGCUGUGAUUCGUUUCUUGAAUAAAGACCCGAAAUGCUAAUUAAAUUCGAGCACCAGAUGAUCGUUGGUCGCAACGAGGACGGAGAAUAGGGGAGAUUCUUGUAGGUAGGAAUAAUAAUGGAGGAGAGGGAACGAUGCAAGCUCGAUUAUUUAUUACAAGUUACUUCUAUUGGGCUGUGCUGCGUAUACCUGCAAUUAUUUUUAACAGAAUCGUAGCCACGUCGAUGGUCUCGUGUUAAUUACUUCAGCAACUGCGCGUGUACAUAUGAUUAAUAAAGGUAUAUGCCACCAUCGCGGUUCUGCUGCAGAGUUGCUCGCGUUAACCACCGAUCUACCGUGUUUCAUUAACGAGUUGUUCAGUUUCUACGUGUAUGUAUCCAUUGCAAAUAAAAGAAGAAUACAGCAAGGCUGCAUUAUUAAGUCGA